ACCCCACUUCGGUUCCGCCAUUACACGUUCUUUCUUUCGGUUGUCACUUUCGUGAGGAGUGGUUUAUUCAUCGACGAUGUCGUCGAAAGUAUCUCGUGAUACGCUCUAUGAGUGCGUCAACGCCGUGCUUCAGUCGUCAAAGGACAAGAAGCGCCGCUUCCUGGAGACAGUUGAAAUCCAGAUCGGUCUGAAGAACUAUGACCCCCAAAAGGACAAGCGUUUCUCUGGCACCGUCAAGCUAAAGUACAUCCCACGCCCCAAGAUGCAGGUGUGCAUCCUGGGAGACCAGCAGCACUGCGACGAGGCCAAGAACUUGGAUGUGCCGUGCAUGGAUGCCGAGGCUUUGAAGAAACUUAAUAAGAACAAGAAGCUUGUCAAGAAACUAGCUAAGAAAUACGAUGCUUUCCUGGCAUCAGAAUCCCUGAUCAAACAGAUCCCGCGUCUGCUGGGCCCCGGUCUGAACAAGGCUGGCAAGUUCCCUGGUCUGCUCUCCCACCAGGAGUCCAUGACGCAGAAGAUUGAUGAGGUCAAGGCCACCAUCAAGUUCCAGAUGAAGAAGGUACUGUGUCUAUCUGUGGCAGUCGGCCAUGUGGACAUGACCCCGGACGAGCUUGCACAGAAUGUGCAUCUGUCCAUUAACUUCCUCGUGUCUCUGCUCAAGAAGCACUGGCAGAACGUGCGCUCGCUGCACAUGAAAUCCACCAUGGGCCCGCCCCAGAGAUUGUACUAAGCUAUAAUAUACUGGACUACUAAA